AUGCUCACAUACCAUUUGGCGGCGAUCACUGGACUGUUCGCAAGUCAAGCUAUCUCUGGAGGACUCAAUGUCCCAUUGCCGGAAAACAAUGUUUUCGACUACGUCGUGGUUGGUGGUGGCCCAGCAGGCCUCACAGUCGCGAACCGUUUGAGCGAGAAUGCUGAUGUCCAAGUCUUACUGCUGGAGACUGGAGAAGCUGAUAACUAUCCUGAGAGCAUCAUGAUCCCGUACUACCAAGGCGCGGCUGGAUCUGUCAACGGCAAAUGUGGUGGGUGUGACCAAACUGUUGCACAAACUUAUCUCGAUGGUGGCAGCAGAACGAUACCACAGGGCAAAGGCUUGGGUGGUGGCACCCUGAUCAAUGCCAUGCUUUGGAACCGUGGCGAUCGAGAAGAUUACGAUACUUGGAGCCAGCUCGGGAACGAUGGCUGGGACUAUAAUUCGCUUCUGGAGUUCUUCCAAAGGAGUGAAACUUUCAACCAGCAGCCUUCAAGCCAGGUUGCAACAACCUAUGCUCAGGGCUAUGAUGCUUCUCAGCAUGGUGAGGCUGGCCCCCAAAAUGUUUCGUUCCCGACCUUCCAGUACCCGGCUAGCCAACAGUUCUUUGCUGCACUGAAUCGCAUGGGAGUACCGACACAACCUGAUCCUGCUGCGCCCACCGCAAAAGGAGCUAUGUACCUACCUCAAGGCAUUUCUCAGCGAAAUCAGUCUCGUGCAGACGCACGUCGAGCCAGGUGGGAUCCUGUUGCAGGUCGUGAGAAUUUCUACGUCUCCACUGGUCAACACGUUCGCCGAAUUCUGUUUGAUGGUGGCUGCGCUGCUUCUGAAGAUAACGCUGCCCGAGCCGUGGGAGUCGAGGUCUCAGCUGGACGCGAUGGAAGGGUAUGGACAGCUGUAGCAGCUCGUGAAGUUAUCCUUGCUGCCGGCGCUAUUCGCACUCCUCAGCUCUUGGAAUUGUCUGGUAUCGGUGACAAAAACGUCCUUGCGAAGGCUGGAGUCCAAAGUCGUAUCAACUUGCCCGGCGUAGGAAACAACUUGCAGGACCACAUGCUUAUGCAUAUGACACAAGGCUUCAACAACCAAAGCUACGUGUACCCGAACAUCAUGCAAAACCAAACCAUCAACGACUGGGCAAGGUCAGUGUACUACCAGAACCGUACUGGACCUUACACAUUUGGGCCUCCAGAUGGUAAUGGCUUCUUCUCGCUCCCUCAGAUUUCGGACCGUGCACAAGAGAUCGCUCAAAACGCCUCUUCGUUCUCUGAUGAAGAUUAUUUGGCUGAGGGGCUAGACGACAGUGUCAUCCGUGGCUACACUCGCCAGCGUUCUCUUCUGAUCCCUGCGCUCAACAAUAGUGGACGCGCUGUCAUUGAGUUUCUGCAGGAUAAUGCUGGUAACACUCAAAUCUCCAACCAGCGCCCUCUUACACGUGGAAACGUUCACAUCAACGGAACAGAUCCCUUCGACUAUCCUACACUCGAUUUCCGAUAUGGCAGCAACCCCAUUGAUAUGGCUGUCAUGAUGGAUGCAUUGCGUUUCAACGAUGAGUUGUUCCAACAACCAGAACUGCAGAUUCUUCAGCCAGUGCAGAACGACCCGCCUCAUGCGGCCAGCGAUGCCCAGCUACAGGAGUUCUUGAACCGCGCUUUGGGUACUGAGUUCCACCCCUCAUGCACUGCCGCCAUGAUGCCCAGAGACGAUGGUGGUGUCGUUGACCCUAAUUUGCUUGUGUAUGGGACACAAAACAUCCGUGUGGUAGACGCCAGCAUUUUCCCAAUCAUUCCUGCUGCUCAUCUCGAGGCUGUCAUUUACGCUGUGGCUGAAAAG